CGUUUGCCAUGGUUAUCUGUUAGGCUUUAGGGCUUGAAGACAGAAAUGAUAAGGCAGUCUGUCUUUUAUCUUCCUUUCCCAAGCUAAGAGGGUAGCAUGCAACAUGUGAAAUGCUGAAAGCCCGCCCCAAUCGACGACAGCAUUCACUCAGCUCUCCAAAUCCUCUGGGUCCUUCUCUGGAGUUACUUGGCUUUCUUGAGGUCUUGCAGCUCUGUAAGGGUAAUCUGUGCUAAACCUUGCUGUCGUCCGAGGUCAAAUGUUUGGCUCACAGGUUGGAGAGCUUCCCAUGGCACCCUCGUUUGGUCCUGAGGAGGGCAAGUCGCCCAGGGGACGGGCUGCUGGAGCGCCAGGCAGCUGUCUCCCAGUGUCCCCAAAUCCGUGGCCGAGGGGGCGUUUCUGCGUCGAAGGGGCGGGCACAGUCGGCGCCUCCCUGCUCCACCUUCUGGGUCGGCGCCUAGACUCGGGGGGUGAAUUUCGGAAAGUUUCCGUCGGGGGCGAGCACGUGGGCACCUCCGGACCCGGCCUCCGCGCCGCGCUCUCGGCUACCCCGUCCCUCCAGCGGCGCGCGCCGCCCUCGCCUCACCCCCGGGCGUAGCUCCGGGCUUCCUUUGGCGUCGCCAGCUCGGCCUCCUACCGCCGCGUCACCCGUCGUCCCCGGCUGCGCUCGCACGCGGUGCGCGGCUCCCGGGCUCCAGGCGGCAGCGCAUUAAAGGGCGCCCCCGAGGAGGCCCUGCUAGCGGUGGGCCUGAGAGGCGGGGACGGGGCGUGCCGCGGGCGCCCGGCUCCCGGAAGCGGCUGCCUCACGGGCUCCCUCCGAGCGGACCGGCGCGACGGCCGGAGCUCCAGCAUCCCUGCUAGCGGUCUAGGUGCGGAGCCCGCGGCCAUCGCCGCCUGAUCAGCGGGACCUCGGCCCACGCCCGCCCCGCCCAGCGAGAUGCUGCCAGUGUACCAGGAGGUGAAGCCCAACCCGCUGCAGGACGCGAACCUCUGCUCGCGCGUGUUCUUCUGCUCUGUCUAUGCACAUCUCUAUGUCUACCUAUAGCUGUAUAUGUUUUAAAGGUGGCUCAAUCCCUUGUUUAAAAUUGGCCAUAAACGGAGAUUAGAGGAAGAUGAUAUGUAUUCAGUGCUGCCGGAAGUCCGCUCCCAGCACCUUGGAGAGGAGUUGCAAGGGUUCUGGGAUAAAGAAGUUUUAAGAGCUGGGAAUGACGCACAGAAGCCUUCUUUAACACGAGCGAUCAUAAAGUGUUACUGGAAAUCUUAUUUAGUUUUGGGAAUUUUUACAUUAAUUGAGGAAAGUACCAAAGUAAUCCAGCCCAUAUUUUUGGGAAAAAUUAUUAAUUAUUUCGAACAUUAUGAUCCCAUGGACUCUGUGGCUUUGCACAAAGCAUACGCCUAUGCUGCGGUGCUGACUUUUUGCACCCUUAUUUUGGCUAUACUGCACCACUUAUAUUUUUAUCAUGUUCAGUGUGCUGGGAUGAGGUUGCGAGUAGCCAUGUGCCAUAUGAUUUAUCGGAAGGCACUUCGUCUUAGUAACAUGGCCAUGGGAAAGACAACCACAGGCCAGAUAGUCAAUCUGCUGUCCAAUGAUGUGAACAAGUUUGAUCAGGUGACAGUGUUCUUACACUUCCUGUGGGCAGGACCACUGCAGGCGAUCGCAGUGACGGCCCUGCUCUGGAUGGAGAUAGGAAUAUCGUGCCUUGCUGGGAUGGCGGUUUUAAUUGUUCUCCUGCCCUUGCAAAGCUGUUUCGGGAAGUUGUUCUCAUCACUGAGGAGUAAAACUGCAACUUUCACAGACAUCAGGAUCAGGACCAUGAAUGAGGUUAUAACUGGCAUAAGGAUAAUAAAAAUGUAUGCCUGGGAAAAGUCAUUUUCAGAUCUUAUUACCAAUUUGAGAAGGAAGGAGAUUUCCAAGAUUCUGAGAAGUUCCUACCUCAGAGGGAUGAAUUUGGCCUCGUUUUUCAGUGCAAGCAAAAUCAUUGUGUUUGUGACCUUCACCACCUACGUGCUCCUUGGCAAAGUGAUCACCGCCAGCCGUGUGUUUGUGGCAGUGACGCUGUAUGGGGCUGUGCGGCUGACGGUCACCCUCUUCUUCCCCUCAGCCAUUGAGAGGGUGUCAGAGGCAAUCGUCAGCAUCCGAAGAAUCCAGAACUUUUUGCUGCUUGAUGAGAUAUCACAGCGCAACCGUCAGCUGCCGUCAGAUGGUAAAAACAUGGUGCAUGUGCAGGAUUUUACUGCCUUUUGGGAUAAGGCAUCAGAGACCCCAACUCUACAAGGCCUUUCCUUUACUGUCAGACCUGGUGAAUUGUUAGCUGUGGUCGGCCCCGUGGGAGCAGGGAAGUCAUCACUGUUAAGUGCUGUACUCGGGGAAUUAGCCCCAAGUCAUGGGCUGGUGAAUGUGCGUGGAAGAAUUGCCUAUGUUUCUCAGCAGCCCUGGGUGUUCUCAGGAACUGUGAGGAGUAAUAUUUUAUUUGGGAAGAAAUAUGAAAAGGAACGAUAUGAAAAAGUCAUAAAGGCUUGUGCUCUGAAAAAGGAUUUACAGCUGUUGGAGGAUGGCGAUCUGACCGUGAUAGGAGACCGGGGAACCACACUGAGUGGAGGGCAGAAAGCUCGGGUAAACCUUGCAAGAGCUGUGUAUCAAGACGCGGACAUCUAUCUCCUGGACGACCCUCUCAGUGCAGUAGAUGCGGAAGUUAGCAGGCACUUGUUUGAGUUCUCUUGCCCUCCAUCAUGGAUCUAUGACAAGUUGGAAGUGAGGUCCUUGGGGCUGGGUGUGGUGGUUCACACCUGUAAUCCCAGCACUUUGGGAGGCCGAGUUGGGCGAAUUACAAGGUGUAUUUGUCAGACUUUGCAUGAGAAGAUCACAAUUUUAGUGACGCAUCAGUUGCAGUACCUGAAAGCUGCAAGUCAGAUUCUGAUACUGAAAGAUGGUAAAAUGGUACAGAAGGGUACUUACACUGAGUUUCUGAAAUCUGGGCUAGAUUUUGGCUCCCUUUUAAAGAAGGACAACGAGGAAGGUGAACAGCUUUCAGUUCCAGAAACUCCCACACUGAGGAAUCGUACCUUCUCAGAGUCUUCAGUUUGGUCUCAACAAUCUUCCAGACCCUCCUUGAAAGAUGGUGCUGUGGAGAGCCAAGAUACAGAGAAUGUCCCAGCUACACUCUCAGAGGAGAACCGUUCUGAAGGAAAAGUUGGUUUUAAGGCCUAUAAGAAUUACUUCAGAGCUGGUGCUCACUGGAUUGUCAUCAUUUUCCUCGUUCUCCUAAAUGCCGCAGCUCAGGUGGCCUAUGUUCUUCAAGAUUGGUGGCUUUCGUACUGGGCAAACAAACAAAGUGCUCUAAAUGGCACUGUAAAUGGAGGAGGAAAUGUAACCCAGAGGCUGGAUCUUAACUGGUACUUAGGAAUUUAUUCAGGUUUAACUGUAGCUACCGUUCUUUUUGGCAUAGCAAGAUCUCUGUUGGUAUUCUACGUCCUUGUUAAUUCUUCACAAACUUUGCACAACAAAAUGUUUGAGUCAAUUCUGAAAGCUCCAGUAUUAUUCUUUGACAGAAAUCCAAUAGGAAGAAUUUUAAAUCGUUUCUCCAAAGACAUUGGACACUUGGAUGAUUUGCUGCCGCUGACAUUUUUAGAUUUUAUCCAGACAUUGCUACAAGUGGUUGGUGUGGUCUCUGUGGCUGUGGCAGUGAUUCCUUGGAUCGCAAUACCCUUGGUUCCCCUUGGAAUCGUUUUCAUUUUUCUUCGGCGAUAUUUUUUGGAAACGUCAAGGGACGUGAAGCGCCUGGAAUCUACAACCCGGAGUCCGGUGUUUUCCCACUUAUCAUCUUCUCUCCAGGGGCUCUGGACCAUUCGGGCAUACAAAGCAGAAGAGAGGUGUCAGGAACUGUUUGAUGCACACCAGGAUUUACAUUCAGAGGCUUGGUUCUUGUUUUUGACAACGUCCCGCUGGCUUGCCGUCCGUCUGGAUGCCAUCUGUGCCAUGUUUGUCAUCGUCGUUGCCUUUGGGUCCCUGAUUCUGGCAAAAACUCUGGAUGCCGGGCAGGUUGGCUUGGCGCUGUCCUAUGCCCUCACGCUCAUGGGGAUGUUUCAGUGGUGUGUUCGACAAAGUGCCGAAGUUGAGAAUAUGAUGAUCUCAGUAGAAAGGGUGAUUGAAUACACAGACCUUGAAAAAGAAGCACCUUGGGAAUACCAGAAACGCCCACCACCAGCCUGGCCCCAUGAAGGAGUGAUCAUCUUUGACAAUGUUAACUUCAUGUACAGUCUAGAUGGGCCUCUGGUGCUGAAGCACCUGACAGCACUCAUUAAAUCACGAGAAAAGGUUGGCAUUGUGGGAAGAACUGGAGCUGGAAAAAGUUCCCUCAUCUCGGCCCUUUUUAGAUUGUCAGAACCCGAAGGUAAAAUUUGGAUUGAUAAGAUCUUGACAACUGAAAUUGGACUUCACGAUUUAAGGAAGAAAAUGUCAAUUAUACCUCAGGAACCUGUUUUGUUCACUGGAACAAUGAGGAAAAACUUGGAUCCCUUUGAUGAGCACACAGAUGAAGAACUAUGGAAUGCCUUACAAGAGGUACAGCUUAAAGAAACCAUUGAAGAUCUUCCUGGCAAAAUGGAUACUGAAUUAGCAGAAUCAGGAUCCAAUUUUAGUGUUGGACAAAGACAACUGGUGUGCCUUGCCAGGGCAAUUCUCAGGAAAAAUAAGAUAUUGAUUAUUGAUGAAGCGACGGCAAAUGUGGAUCCAAGAACUGAUGAGUUAAUACAAAAAAAAAUCCGGGAGAAGUUUGCCCACUGCACCGUGCUAACCAUCGCACACAGAUUGAACACCAUUAUUGACAGCGACAAGAUAAUGGUUUUAGAUUCAGGAAGACUGAAAGAAUAUGAUGAGCCAUAUGUUUUGCUGCAAAAUAAAGAGAGCCUAUUUUACAAGAUGGUGCAACAGCUGGGCAAGGCAGAAGCCGCUGCCCUCACUGAAACAGCAAAACAGGUAUACUUCAAAAGAAAUUAUCCACAUAUCGGUCACACUGACCAUAUGGUCACAAACACUUCCAGUGGACAGCCCUCGACCUUAGCUAUUUUUGAGACUGCACUAUGAAUCCAACCAAGAUGUCAAGUGUGUUCCAAAAGCGUUUUCUGCUAGUUUUUGGACUAUGUAAACUAUAUUGUACUUUUUUUUACUUCAGCAGCAAAAUAUUUAUACAUACAAGAUGUUCGUUUGAAUUCUUCUCCUUACUUAUCCAGUGAUCUCCAGCUCUAACAAAAUGUUUAUUAUUAUUUAAAUGUCAACCGUUGUUUUUUAAAAUCCAAAUCAGAGGUGUAGGCCACCAGUUAAAUGCUGUCUAUCAGGUUUUGUGCCUUAAGAGACUACAGAGUCAAAGCUCAUUUUUAAAGGAGUAGGACAUAGUUGUCACAGGUUUUUAUUGUUGUUGUUGUUUUUACUGCCCCCAAAAUUACAUGUUAAUUCCCAGUUAUAUCAGGGAUUUUAUUUACUUGAAGACUGUGAAGUUGCCAUUUUGUCUCAUUGUUUUCUUGGACGUAACUAUGAUCCAUUAUUUCCCCUGAAGACUUCUUGUUAGAAAAUAGUACAGUUAAAACCAAUAGGAACAACCAAAACAAGUUUGCAACAUUUUAGUAGAAUGUUGUCCUCAAAAGAAAAAAAAUGGAUAUAUGGUUAAAGGAUAGAAGGACAAUAUUUUAUCAUAUGCUCUGAAAGAGAAGGAAGAGAAAAUACUACUUUCUCAAAAUGGAAGUCCUUAAAGGUGUUUUGUUACUGAAGGACACAAGCGUGACCAUUAUUAGAGUUGCAUGACUUGGACAUGGGAACUUGCAGUUUUAGACUCAGCAACGUGACAUGUCCUAAGAAGGCCAAACCUCUAGCUGACAUUCCUGAAAUACAUGGCAUUAUUCUUUUUUGCAUUGCUCGUUUGUGGAAGGCUAACCCUCUGUUGACUGUAAGCCUUUUGGGUUAGGCUUUAUUGAAAUCCUUCCUAAAUUGCAUGAACAGGCUUUGCUAACGUGAUGAGACAAACUGAGAAUUGUUGCAAGCAUUGACUCUUAAUUCUGCAGUGCAUUCUCAGGAUGUGUCCAGGGGUUCACUUUCAUGAGCCUGUUCAGGUUAGUUUACUUCUGAUCACUAAUAGCAUUGUCAUUUGCCCUUUCUGUUGAUUGAAUCAGCAAACCACAAUACUUCCUGGGACCUGUUGUACAUUGUUUGAACUAUGAGCCUUUAAUUUUUCUGGAUGGUGGUGACUGUGAUGUGCUGAGUUCAGUUUACUAAAGGUUUUACUAUCAUGGUUUGACGUGAAUUCUCAUGACCUCUCAGUAUAAGGCGUUACCCCCCUGAAAUUGCAUAUAUGUGUAUAGACAUGCACACAUGUGCAUUUAUGUGUAUACAUAUGUGUGCCCUUCAUAUAGCAAAUAUUUUGAUUCAUCAGCAGAGAGAAACAGAUGUUUCAUUAAGUGAAGCCUUAAAAAGCACACACACAGCUAACUACCAAAAUGCAUUGACUGUAGCGACUGUUCAACUCCUAGUACUUAGAAAUGUGUGGUUAAUGGUCUGUCCAAUAAACCACACACAGUAAAUGUUGAUUAAUAGUCAUGGUUCGUAUUUUUAGGUGACCAAAAUGACAGCAGUGAUCAUAUGAGGUUUGUUAAAACGUUAGCUAUAUUUGAAAUGUCUAUAUGUUUAUUUGGUCUUUUGAGGUUAAAGACAGUCAUAUAAAUGACCUGUUUUGCUUUAAUGUUAUCAUAGAAUUUUUUAAUAGAACCAAAUUCAAUUGAAAUAAAUGAUGGUUUUCAUCUCCA